AUGGCCUUCAGGGGACCUGAACCCCCAGUUCCUGCAUCCCUGCUGAGCUGGAGGCCGAAGGCAGAAGAGAAGACCCUGGCCCUGGAGUUUGAGGUCCUGAGUGUGAAGUUUAAUAAGGAGGGCAGGUAUGCCCUGCAGCUGUCAGCUGAGAUCCCCCUGCAGGCCACCUCUGGGGCUGGGGCUCAGUUGCAGAUGAAUGAUGGGAACACCUUCCCUGCUUCUUCUGCUGUCACCGAUGUCAUUGAGCAGAAGUAUCCUGGCCAGAGCAUCACCCUGGCCAGAGCAACCCUUGCCAGGAAUAACAUCUUUUCUUUGCCCAAAGUUUUCUGCAAGAACAUGGGGCAGCAUUAUGAGCAGCUGCUGGUGGAGAUGCCAAGGCUGAGGGAGGCCAUCUUUUCCAUCUACCGGAUUCUCUGGACUCCAGACCAUCCCCCUAUGAACUCUUCAUGGGAGCAUGAGGAAAGGUACCGCUACUGUGGAAGCCUGGCUGUGCUCUGGGCCAGCGAUGACCCCACGUCUGGGACCUGCCACUGCCACGGCCUGGCCUACAGUGUGGCCUUCUGCGUGCUCCGGCCUCUCAGCACCAAGGCAGGCUGCCCUCUGGGGGCUGACCAGCCAGAGCAGAUGUCACCUAAGGACCCCCCAAAUACCACCCAGGCUGUGGAAUCUGUCAUCAGCCACCUAUCUCCCUCCAAUAAGGAGAUCAUCACAAUCACUCUCCAUGGGGCCACCAACCUCCCUGCCCGCAAGGAUGGCUCCGAGCCAUGGCCCUACGUGGUAGUGAAAACCACAUCUGAGGAAGCAAAGAGCCAGAACUCCAGGGCAGUCACAUCUGUGACCUCAGAGCCUACUAAAGCCCCCACUUGGGGAGACACAGUCCAGGUGGAAAUCCAAGCUGAGGAUGCAGGGCGAGAAGACGUGAUCCUUAAGGUGGUGGACAACAACAAAAAGGAGGAGCUCUUGUCCUAUCAAAUCCCCAUCAAGUAUCUGCGUGUCUUCCACCCCUACCACUUUGAACUGGUAAAGCCCACUCAGACUGGGAAAGCUGAUGAAGCCACUGCCAAGACCAAACUGUACGCAACAGUUGUCCGGAAGCGCAGCUUCAUUCCCCGCUGCAUCGGCUGCAACCACACAGCUCUGGAGGUCUUUCUUCGGGGAAUCAAUGAGCCCCUAGUCAACAAUCCCAGCCCCAUGGUGGUCGUUGCCCGUGUCGUUCCCAACUACAAGGAGUUUAAGGUCGGUCAGGUGAACCAGGACCCAGUCUCCCUGGGGCUGCCCAUCACCCCUCUCUCCUUCCCUAUCCCAUCCGUGAUCAACUUCGAUGUUCCUCAGGUCAUCCAGAAUGGGUGCCCUCAGCUGUCCAAGUCCGGGGGACACCCAGAACUGCCCCUGUGGAAUCAGUCCUUCCUCUUCCAAGGCCGAGACGGAGCCACUAACUUCUCAGAAGAUACCGCCCUGGUGCUAGAGUACUACUCUUCAACUUCAAUGAAAGCCGGUGAGCCAUGGGCCCCCAGCAAGCCUCUGGGUGUCUCUGUGUUGCCACUGAAGAGCCAUUUGUACCACAAGAUGCUGACAGGGAAAGGCCUGAAUGGGUUACGAGUAGAGAGGCUCCCCAUCACUGACACCAACCUGAAAACCAUAACUGGUGAGGUCCCCACGGUAGAUCUGUCCUUUCAGCUGCUUUCUUCUGAGAGGCCAGAAAACUUCUUAACAUCAAACAACAGCAAGAUUCUGCCCAUCCUGGACCCUCAGAUCUUAGAUGAGAAGCUGGAUUCCAUCUAUGAGUCCAGGUCGAAGGCCACAGUGAGCUCCACAAUGAAUUCUAGCACACCCACCUCUCAGGAAGCAGAGGAAGAGCCUCAGAGGCCCCUGAUGUCCCGUGAAAUGGAGAUAAACAACUACAGGCGGGCCAUACAGACAAUGGCGGAGGACAUCCUGUCACUGAGGAAACAGGCCAGUGUCCUGGAGGCAGAGAACCGCCUGCUGAGAAGCCACCUGACCCAGGAGGAGACAGAAGAGGAACAGAACAGUGCCGACAAGACCCAGAUGCUGGAGUCCACGAAGCAGAAACUGCUGCUGAGUGAGCUGAACAUGAAGAAACUGAAGGGCAAGGUGCAGCAUCUACAGAACGAGCUGAUUCGAAAGAAUGAUCGAGAGAAGGAGCUUCUUCUCUGGUACCAGGCACAGCAGCCACAGGCUCCGCUGCUGAAGCAGCACCAGGACAAGCUGCGGAAGGUGACAGCGCUGGAGGAGACCGUGCGGCACCAGGAGAAGGUGAUUGAGAAGAUGGAGCAGGUGCUGGAGGACAAGCUUCAGGAGAGGAAUGCGCUCCUGUCCAAAAGGCUGCAGGGGAAGCCCAGCACGGGUGACCAAUCUCACAAACAUCUGUGGCCAUUUCACAUGCUCUCCGCCUGUGGACUUCCCCCGGGGCCUACAGGAGAGAGCCUGCCUGUUGAUCUGUACGCAGCACUGCUGGCAGAAAACUCAAGGCUGCGGGCCGAGCUGGAUAAGAGCCGCCACCAGUCAGCCCCCAUCAUUCUGCAGCAGCAGGCCCUGCCGGAUCUUCUGGCCAACACUUCAGACAAGUUUAACCUCCUGGCCAAGUUGGAACAAGCUCAGAGCCGGAUCCUGUCCCUGGAAAGCCAGUUAGAAGACUCAGCUCGACGCUGGGGACGAGAGAAGCAGAACUUGGCCACACGGCUGCAGGAGAAAGAGCAUGGCUUGGAUCACCCCUCAGACUCCAUCAUCGCAGACCUGCCCAACCCCUCAACCCACGUCAAAGAUGACAGGCAACCCUCAAAACUGGACCCCUUGAUGCCCAACUCAGAGACUAAGUUCAUCGAGCCCUCCACCUCCCAGCAGACCUGA